CGCAGACAGAGUGUUUAUAGUCUGUCUCCAUUGUCGGUCUUUCAGACAAGCGGGAAGAUGCAAUCAGUUCUUUUCUCUCGAUGCGACGCAGAACACGUACGGCAACAGGAAACCACCCGAACAGCCAAAAUACGUGCCCAAAUGACAGAGACUUGGGGCUCAAACUACUGUAUCUAUCAUGGUAUCUAUCAAUCGAUACCCAGCGGCACGAAUUGAUGUCUCUCAUUAUCCAAGUAUCCCAGCUGCUCCCACCCACUGAACUCGCAGUCGUCAUUGCCAAGAUGCUCGUUGAAGCCCUUCUCCACACCCUCGACACCGUGCUGCGCCGCCUCGUCCAACCGGGCCCUGUGCACCACCUCCCGCACACCCAGCAGCCGAUGCUGCCCACUCCCACCAUUGACGGCAAAGCAUUGCAGCGGCACUCGCACCGUCAGCGCGCCCACGUCGGCUAAUGCACCCACCACCUCUCUGUUGCCUCUCGCCCGAGUGCUCGCCUGACUGACAAAGUGGCCGACAGCCACACGCAUGCGACGCCUCAGACGCGAGUCGCCGAUAAGAUGCUCGUCGAUCGCCGCCAUAGCGGCAGAAGGCUCGUAAACAAACGCAGCGAUCUUCCAGCUGAUGGCCUCCGCCUCUUGUGGACCGAAUGAGAGGUUGGAGGGGGAUGGGCAGGGGUAGUCGCCGUCGUGAUGAGGGGCGAUUGGCAGCAGAGGGGUGAUGACGGAUGCGAGCCACCGCUGGGGGCGAAGGGCACCGUUGAUUGCCGCCAUGACCACACUCGGCAGCUCGUUGAGCACUGCCGCAUACUCAGCCAGCACCAGCUGCCGUGAUGGUUCGGUCAGGCUGGAGAUGAGCGACAGGGAUGGCGCCGCCCCGCCCCGCAGAAGCACACGUGCAGUGGUCUGGUACCGCUGGCACCGUCGCGCGCAAAACUCUCUCAUCGAGUCUCGUUGUUCAUUCUGCAUUAGGUGAUGGUAAUGCUUCAGCUGGUAGGCACUCAGGGCCAGGGCCGUGAGGGUUGCGUCGUUUGGGGCCGAGCCGUUGACGUCAUCGGCACUCAAAUGGCGGCACAGAUAGUGGGCAACACGGUAGGAGCCGGAUUGACCCGCCUUUUGCAAGGGGGUCAAUCCUUCGCCUUGGAGCUCUCUUGCUGUU